CAUGACUGCUUCUUCUGUGACUUUUGACCGUGCAAAAGUGACCUCCUCUUCCACCGUUUCUUCAGUAACUUCUUGUGGCAGCUUCUUUGGUUUGAACACAGCGACUUCUUCGACGGACUCCUGCACCACUUCCUCCUUAGUUGUCUUCUUCUGCUUGAACACCGCUUCUUCUUCAACUGUCUUCUCGACUGCUUCUUCGACGACCGUUUCUUCAACUUCUUCCUUGGGAGCUUUCGGCUUAAGCACAACUUGCUCUUCCACUACUUCUUCGGUGACCUCUUCUUUUACAGGUUUCUUCCGUUUAAAGACCGCUUCUUCUUCCACAAUCUCCUCCGUGAUCUCUUCUUUCACUUCCUUCUUGGGCUUAAACACUGCCUCUUCAACGACUUCCUCUGUGAUUUCCUCCGUCACCGGUUUUUGA